AUGAGUGCUGAGGGAUAUCAAUAUAGAGCGUUAUAUGACUACAAAAAAGAGCGAGAAGAAGACAUUGACUUGCACUUAGGAGAUAUAUUAACUGUGAAUAAAGGUACCUUACUAGCACUUGGAUUCAGUGAAGGGGAAGAAGCAAAGCCUGAUGAAAUCGGUUGGUUAAAUGGCUUUAAUGAAACCACAGGGGAGAGAGGGGAUUUCCCAGGAACUUAUGUAGAGUACAUUGGAAGAAAGAAAAUAUCUCCCCCAACUCCGAAGCCUCGUCCUCCUCGUCCUCUUCCUGUAGCACCAAGUCCUGCAAAAGCUGAAGCAGAGAGUGAACAGCAAGUGUUUUCACUGCCAGAUCUUACAGAGCAAUUUGUACCUCCUGAUGUUGCUCCACCGAUUCUUGUCAAGAUAGUGGAGACAAUUGAAAAGAAAGGUCUGGAGUGCUCAACCUUGUAUGGAACACAAGGCUCAAGCAGCUCAGCAGAAUUAAGACAGAUUUUUGAAUGUGAUGCCUCUUCAUUAGAUUUAGAGACAUUUGAUGUGCAUACUCUAUCAGAUGCUCUCAAGAGGUAUAUCCUGGACCUGCCAAAUCCCAUCAUUCCAGCAGCUGUUUGCAGUGACAUGAUUUCUGUAGCUCAAGAAGUGCAGAGCUCAGAGGAAUAUGCUCAGUUGCUGAAGAAACUCAUCAGAUCUCCAAAUAUACCUCCCCAGUAUUGGCUCACACUCCAGUAUUUGCUCAAACAUUUCCUCAGAGUUUGUCAAGCCUCCAGCAAAAAUCUCUUGAAUACAAGGUCUCUGGCUGAAAUUUUCAGCCCUCUGCUCUUCAAAUUCCAGAUAGCAAGCUCUGAUAAUACAGAACACCACAUAAAAAUCCUAGAGGUUUUGAUCACAAGCGAAUGGAAUGAGAGACAGUCUGUACCAGCACUGCCUCCUAAGCCACCGAAACCUAAUACCGUAACUAACAAUAGCAUGAAUAACAACAUGUCAUUACAAGACGCUGAAUGGUACUGGGGAGAUAUCUCAAGAGAAGAAGUAAACGAGAAGCUUCGAGACACUGCUGAUGGUACCUUUUUGGUACGAGAUGCUUCCACCAAAAUGCAUGGGGACUACACACUUACGCUAAGGAAAGGAGGAAAUAACAAAUUAAUCAAAAUUUUUCAUCGGGAUGGAAAAUACGGCUUUUCUGACCCAUUAACUUUCAACUCCGUGGUCGAGCUAAUCAACCACUACCGGAAUGAAUCUCUAGCCCAGUAUAAUCCUAAACUGGAUGUAAAAUUACUGUAUCCAGUGUCUAAGUACCAGCAGGAUCAGGUUGUUAAAGAGGAUAGCAUUGAAGCUGUGGGAAAGAAAUUACACGAAUAUAAUACCCAGUUCCAAGAAAAAAGCAGAGAAUAUGACAGACUCUAUGAAGACUACACAAGAACAUCUCAGGAAAUUCAAAUGAAAAGAACAGCUAUUGAGGCAUUUAAUGAAACAAUAAAAAUAUUUGAGGAGCAGUGCCAAACACAAGAAAGAUACAGCAAGGAGUACAUUGAGAAAUUUAAACGGGAAGGAAAUGAAAAAGAAAUACAAAGAAUUAUGCACAACUAUGAAAAGCUGAAGUCUCGGAUAAGUGAAAUUGUGGACAGCAGGCGCAGAUUAGAAGAGGAUUUGAAGAAGCAAGCAGCUGAAUACAGAGAGAUAGACAAGCGUAUGAAUAGCAUUAAGCCAGACCUCAUCCAGCUGAGGAAGACAAGAGAUCAGUACUUGAUGUGGCUGACUCAGAAAGGUGUCCGGCAGAAGAAGCUCAAUGAAUGGCUUGGAAAUGAAAAUGCAGAAGACCAAUACUCUAUGGUAGAAGACGAUGAGGACUUGCCCCAUCAUGAUGAGAGAACAUGGAAUGUGGGAAAUAUCAACAGAAGCCAAGCUGAAAAUCUGCUGCGGGGAAAGAGAGAUGGAACAUUCCUGGUUCGAGAGAGCAGCAAACAAGGCUGCUAUGCCUGCUCUGUUGUGGUGGAUGGAGAAGUAAAGCACUGUGUGAUCAACAAAACACCUACUGGGUAUGGAUUUGCAGAGCCAUAUAACUUGUACAAUUCGCUUAAAGAACUGGUGCUACAUUAUCAACACACAUCACUUGUGCAGCACAAUGACUCUCUCAAUGUCACACUAGCCUACCCAGUUUAUGCACAGCAGAGGCGAUGAAGAUCUUAAUACUCUGGGUUGUUUGUUUUUUUUCUAAAGAGAUGAUUUGACAACAUUGAGGCCUCUGGAGAGAAAAGGCUCCUUUCAGCUUUACUCAAGAAUUUGCAGUAUCAAAGCUAUCUGUCUUCAGAUGGGACUAAAGAUUUCCUUCACAACUGCAGUGGGAGAGAUCACAGUAUUAAGCUGUGAAUGUAUGUUUGUAAUCUGAAGUGCUUUUUUUUUUUUUUUUAAUUAAGAAAAGAAAAACACAAGAGAAAAAUCCAAACCUGAUCUCCCUGCAGGGACAUAGAGGCCUUUAAGCAUGGUGCUUGUUUACGACCACUUCUGAAGCUUUACCAGCUAGAACAUUGGAUUAUCCAGACACAAGGUAUAAGAGGUCUGUGUCAUUCGGUUAUUGGAAUUUCGUGGUCAUGACCUGUCUUGGAAUAGUGUUGCUGCACUCAGUG